AUGGUGGACCUCGCAAGGCUGGAGAACCUGAAGAGGCUGCUCAACGACGGCACGCUGACUCGGGAGGAGUUUGAGGCGCUCAAGCAGAACGAGUUGCAGGCGGGUGGCAUCGACCGCAGCUCCGACCGCGGGUCAGACUGUGCCUCGGAACGCUCCGCCUCGCCCGCGCCAGUCAUCGGCGCGCCUGUGUACGGGGCAGCUACUGGCAACGCAGUGCCGGGCGCGCCUGGAGCCUCGAGCACGCCCACCCUCGCCGAGAUGGGCGCGGUCUUCAGGAAGGAACUCGGCGUCGCGGGCACCAACCUGGUGGAGCUUGUUGAGGCGAGCUGCGUCGUGCUCGGAGUCUCAGUCAAGGGGAAGAGCCUCGCACAGCAGGCAGACGAGUGCUGGCGCGUCCUUCAGUCCCCUCGUGGAGCACACCUACCAGCGGGCCGGGCGUCGGCGGGCGCCUGCAGUGAUUCAGAGCACGUGGGAGGGAUGAAGACCACUGAUCCGUUCGCUGCGCCGAUGACUCACGACGACCCGCACGAGCGCAUUUCGGAGAGGCUUUCACGUGCACGGGCGAGUGCUGCAUCGUUUGCUUCGAGGCGAUCGUCGACUCGUGUCGCUCCGGCCAUCACGGAAUCGGCAUCCUCUGCUUCGUCGGGCCUUGCGGUGGAUACUGAAGCAGGGCAGGUGCCACCCUCGGACCGCGCAGAAUCGGAGGGCGAGCGGCUGUUCAGCUCACGAUCGUCGGCUGCGGGGUCAGCUGCCCCCGAGGAAUCGAAGGAAACAGCGGGGGCGAUUGGCCUCUUACGUUCAAAGGUUGUCUGCUUGCGGAUGCUGAUCCGCGUGCUCUCUCUCACCCUCUUUGCCACCUGGGUUGCGACGCUCUUCGUGUGCAAUGCGUACUGGGAUGAAGGCUUUUUCGGUGAGGGCGGCGAGAGCUCGAUCUCAUGGAACCAAAGGCGCACGAUGAGGACGGUGGGCGUGGUGCUAGUCGUCACGCAGGGCAUAAUCAUAGUGGCGGCUCGGGCAGCACUCCUGCUCCAAGUGCAGCAAAUCGGGCUCAGGCGUGUCUACUGCUUGCUUGUGCUUGCGAGCGCCCUGUCAACAGUGGGCGCACUGACGACACUGCUCAUCUUUGCAGUAUUCGCAACCUGGUAUGUUGAAGUGCGAUUUAGCCUCAAGUUCGCCAUCUACGGGUCGCUGCUGCCUGCACAGAGCCUCGAGCUGGCUGCGUUUGUGCUCUUCGUACCCGUGGUGCCGGAGUGGCGACGGCGCGCCAUCUUUUGUGCCGCAUGGGGCGCCAUCACGGUCACGGCGACGGUUGCAGUCAUAUGCGUUUACGAGGGAAGGGCGAUGGUGGGCGCAUGGGGCACAUGGUAUUACCGAGGCACCGAGGCUGACAGCAGCGUAGAAGCUUUCAGGUGGAGCGCCGCUAUCCUAGCCCCCUCGUACUACCUGGCCGACAUCUCUAGCGUCAUCAGCAGGCCACAGGCGGCGGCACUGCCGCUGUGCCCUCCGACGAAUCGCAGAGCCACUGCCAAGCGCCUUGGCAUCGCACUCUUGAUCUUCCUCGUCGUCACGUGCGCGCUCGCGGGUGUGAUCUACGUUGGAACAUGCCGCACGCAAUCCGUGUUCACAAGUCGGGAAGAUCUCCGGCGAGCAAUCGAGCUCUACGACUUCGACGACACCAUCUGCAAUUCGAUCUUUGGAAAAUCGAUGGGAGCGUGGGACGUGUCAGCCGUGACCGACAUGAGCUACCUUUUCUCGCCCUACGGCGACUACGGUGGCCUUUCCGAUGACUACUCACUCCGCACCUUCAACCAGGACAUCAGCGCGUGGAACGUGUCGGCGGCCACCGACAUGAGCUACAUGUUCUACUACGCCCGCGCCUUCAACCAGGACAUCAGCGCGUGGAACGUGUCGGCGGCCACCGACAUGAGCUACAUGUUCUACUUCGCCCGCACCUUCAACCAGGACAUCAGCGCGUGGAACGUGUCGGCGGCCACCGACAUGAGCUACAUGUUCUCCUACGCCCGCGCCUUCAACCAGGACAUCAGCGCGUGGACUGUUUCGGCGGUCACCACCAUGAGCCAGAUGUUCACCUUCGCCUCCUCCUUUGACAAGGUCCUCUGCUCGGAUGCGUGGCGCGCCUCGAAGAGCAAGGCGUCGCAGAGAUGGAUGUUCUUGGGCACGAACGCGUCCUCUGCGAAUGCCUCGAAGUGGACCAGCAAGGCGCUGUCUGGGAUCGUGUGA